ACCACUUCUCUCAGUCAUCUUCCGUCUCUGCCGUGGUGUUAAAGACUCUUCAUACAUUGGAGCUUGUCGUAGUGGCAUCAACCACCCUUCAUACACGGGCACCGGACAACAUUGCGCAACAGAGGGCAGGUCUGUUCUCCGCCUCCACGCACGUUUCUCUGACUAGAUCACACCAGCCAUUCUUCCAGCGUUUGCUGAAGCAUUUCCACCGUAGCCCCUCGGAGAGCAGCGAUGUUUUCCUGCAGAGCGGCCUGGCAAAGGUGUGGGCCUUUGGCUCGGAGAGCCCCCCACAGGUUGCCCCGGGAUGUUGUGCAGCGGCGGCCCAUGUCGUCAGUUCCUGGCGGGUCCGGGGAGAACAUAGUCUACGCCGUGCUGUGUGGGGGAGCCUUUGCUGGUGCUUUGUCAUACGCAUACAGCACUGUGUCCACAGACAGCGCUAGGUUCAAUGAUCGCAUUGCGGAAAUCAAUGCCAGACCCAAGACUGAGUGGGUACCUAAACCAUGGCCACCUAAGGGCAAGGACGAUGCAGAGGGUGGAGAGGAGGAGGAGGAGGCAGCACCUGAGGAGGCCAGUGUCGAGGCCGAGGUUGGCAAAGUAGAGGCCGCUGCUGAUGGUGAGGCAGAGACUGUAGUGGAGGAAGUUGCUGAGGCAGUUGCAGAGGCUGCUGAGGUCCUUGCCGAGGCGGCGCCCGAGGUGGCGGAGGUCGUUGCAGAGGUGGCGGAGGUCGUUGCAGAGGCUGCGCAGGAAGUGGAGGCAGCCGCAGAAGAAGUGGCCCAAGUUGCAGAAGUUGUUGAGGAGGCCGCCAAAGCUGUUGAGGAGGCCGCCCAGGCUGUCUCAGAACCAGCCGCCAUCACCACUGAGGAGCCUGAAAGCAACGUGCUGCUGGCAACUGCCUCUACUGUAGAGGUACUGAAGACAGCUGAAGCCAAGGAAGAGUUGGCACCCGCCAUAGAGGACGCCAAAGAGGAAGAGUCUUCGCCACCAGUAGAAGAAAAGCCUGUUGAAGAAAUUGCAUCAGUAGAAGAGGCCCCUGCGCCAGUGGAGGUCGCACCAGCAGAAGAAGAGGCCCCUGCGCCAGUGGAGGUUGCACCAGUAGAAGAGGCCCCCGCGCCAGUGGAGGUUGCACCAGCAGAAGAAGAGGCCCCUGCGCCAGUGGAGGUCGCACCAGCAGAAGAAGAGGCCCCCGCACCAGUGGAGGUUGCACCAGUAGAAGAAGAGGCCCCUGCACCAGUGGAGGUUGCACCAGCAGAAGAAGAGGCCCCCGCACCAGUGGAGGUUGCACCAGUAGAAGAAGAGGCCCCUGCACCAGUGGAGGUUGCACCAGUAGAAGAAGAGGCCCCUGCACCAGUGGAGGUUGCACCAGUAGAAGAAGAGGCCCCUGCGCCAGUGGAGGUUGCACCAGUAGAAGAAGAGGCCCCCGCGCCAGUGGAGGUUGCACCAGUAGAAGAGGCCCCCGCACCAGUGGAGGUUGCACCAGUAGAAGAAGAGGCCCCUGCACCAGUGGAGGUUGCACCAGUAGAAGAAGAGGCCCCCGCGCCAGUGGAGGUUGCACCAGUAGAAGAAGAGGCCCCCGCGCCAGUGGAGGUUGCACCAGUAGAAGAAGAGGCCCCCGCGCCAGUGGAGGUCGCACCAGUAGAAGAAGAGACCCCCGCGCCAGUGGAGGUCGCACCAGUAGAAGAAGAGGCCCCCGCGCCAGUGGAGGUUGCACCAGCAGAAGAAGAGGCCCCCGCGCCAGUGGAGGAGGCCCCCGCAGCAGUAGAACCUGAUGUUACCACAGCUCUGGCUGAAGAACCAGUCACCACCACAGUUGUGGAAGAAGUUGCUGCACGCCCUACAGCUGAAGUAGCUCCUGCGGAGACCCUGGCAGAAGGUCCCAAGAAAGAGUUCAUUGUUGUGGUUCUGGAAGGAACACCUAAAGCGGAAAAACGGCCCAAGGUGCUGGGAGUAGGGCCCAUGACUGGUAAAAUCAUCCCAGGUCCAGAUGAUGACGAUGCCCCUGCUUCUGAGGGUAGGCGACGUCUUCUUAGGAUGCAAAUGCAGUAGUUUCAACUAAGUAAACUUCUCCUGAAUGACUUUGUCCUGCAAAAGAAGAGGAUGUGCCUUUCUCCAACGCUUUCCCUUUCUCCUUUUUACCCCUAAAAACACAACAGACUAAUACGUAGUUCCAGUGUAAAGAUACACAGAGUAUGUAUUGCUUAGAACAUGCCAGCUUAAUGGAACGGUCAUCCCAUCAUAUUAGCAGUGCCCAUAUGGCCCAUUACUGUGACACUCCCCACUGACUUAUAUGUCUUGACUCAGAGAUCCCUGAUGAGCCCGGUCAGUAGCUGAACAGAUGUCUGGUUUAUCUUUUAGUUGCCUCACUAACAGUUUUUGUAACUUCGUAACCUGCUUACUGCUGAGCCAUUCACUCCAACCCAUGUUUACUGCCUCAAGAAUCACCCCAGUGGAAUACAUUGAAACUCCUCACCACAUCCAGUUAACCCAGUCACUGCCCAGCCACUUGGGGUGUGAGCUUACAGUGUUAUAUCUUAAAGCAAGGAGUGUUUUGAGUCACCAGCAUUCUUUACAGUACCUGACCUCAGGUUUUUUUCUUCUGCUUCUCGGUGUGAAAAUAAGCAGCAGGAAACACUUGCUAUAUUUUAUCUUUAUGAAGACACCUGAGCACGCUGGUUCAGCAGCCCAUGUACUGUAGCUACCGUCCUACCUCAGUUUCUCCUGUUCCAGUCUUUAAAAUGACCCCUCGUGAUUCUAUCACAGUGUUACAGUUCCCAAGCCAGCAACACACUUGCUAAGUCACUAACUACAAUAAGCUGUACUAUGAUCACAGACACCUGUGAAACUAAAGGUAUUUACAGUUUUAAAUGCUUGUUAAAUUGUGAAACAAAGAAAACUGCUCUCAUCGGGUUAAAACUCUAAAGCAUAUUUCACUUCUGGCCACCCAGUUGGUGAUGUCACAGCAGGUAUUUUUCCCUUCACAGCUGUUAGAAAAGCUUUUCUUGUUUUGUUCUAGCAGUGAGUCCCAUGUGGAUGUGUAAUGUAAAGGCUUGCAGCAAGUAUGAACAGUCAUGAUACUGAUGUGCUGGUGUGACAUGAAAUGUGUGUUUGGAAAGCGAAGCAGUAUGUCUGAAGAGAGGUCUGUGAAAUGCUUUGACAGCUCUGUAGUCCGCUCUUCCUUGAUUCCCUCUUUCAGACUUUCUCACUUUUACUAUAGACUUCCUGGCUUUCUCAGCUUGGCACAUGGUCAUUGAAACAGAUCUGAAAUCACUGGGGGGAGAAUCGGUGUUGGUAUGUAUUUUAAUAAUUAGAUUCAGAAAAUUACACUCCUUGGUGCUCGCAAGCAGGUUUCUGUAAUAGGAUGUGAGUGAAUGUCUUUGACUUAGCAAAGGACAUAAACUGUGACUGUUCCACAUAUUAUUGUUUUUCUUGGUUUUGCAAAAUAAAAAGGGAUAAAACUGGA